AUGGCUUCUCCCCGCCCCAACUUCGGUGCUCAAGGCUACCCUAUUCCCAAUGGUGCGGCUGCGGGCCCUGUCCCCGGUGCCACGCCGCUUCUCCCCAACAAUGGCCGUGUGAUUCAGAGCGGUCCGACACGAAUCCUGUGCAUUGCAGAUGUCCGAGGCAACUUGAAGUCUCUUAACGAGCUUGCGAAGCAGGCCCGCGCCGACCACAUCAUUCACACCGGUGACUUUGGUUUCUACGAUGACACUUCCCUUGAGCGUAUUGCGGACAAGUGA